GGAGGUGCCGCCUCGGGACGGACGCGGCGCGGCGACGGCGGCGGCUGAGGUAGCGGCUGCAGCUCCUCCUCCUCCUCCUCCUCCUCCUCCUCAUCCUCCUAGCGGACCCCGGGCCUGGUCGCCCCCGUCGUGGCCGCCAUGAGUCGCAACUACAACGAUGAGCUGCAGUUCCUGGAAAAGAUCAAUAAGAACUGCUGGAGAAUCAAAAAGGGCUUCGUGCCCAACAUGCAGGUUGAAGGCGUUUUCUAUGUGAACGAUUCUCUGGAAAAAUUAAUGUUCGAAGAAUUGCGGAAUGCCUGCCGAGGUGGUGGGGUUGGAGGCUUCCUGCCUGCUAUGAAGCAGAUCGGCAACGUGGCAGCCCUGCCUGGGAUUGUUCAUAGAUCUAUCGGGCUUCCAGAUGUCCAUUCAGGGUACGGGUUCGCUAUUGGCAACAUGGCGGCCUUUGACAUGAGCGACCCCGAAGCAGUGGUGUCUCCAGGUGGUGUCGGCUUCGAUAUCAACUGCGGGGUGCGCCUGCUGAGAACCAACCUGGACGAGAGCGACGUGCAGCCCGUCAAGGAGCAGCUGGCCCAGGCCAUGUUUGACCACAUCCCUGUCGGUGUCGGCUCCAAAGGCGUCAUCCCGAUGAAUGCCAAAGACCUGGAGGAGGCCUUGGAGAUGGGCGUGGACUGGUCCCUGCGGGAAGGCUACGCCUGGGCGGAGGACAAGGAGCACUGUGAGGAGUACGGGAGGAUGCUGCAGGCCGACCCCAACAAGGUGUCUGCCAGGGCCAAGAAAAGAGGCCUGCCUCAGUUGGGGACCCUGGGCGCAGGCAACCACUAUGCAGAAAUCCAGGUUGUGGAUGAAAUCUUCAAUGAGUACGCCGCCAAGAAGAUGGGCAUUGACCACAAGGGGCAGGUGUGUGUGAUGAUCCACAGCGGAAGCCGGGGCUUGGGCCACCAGGUCGCCACAGAUGCUCUGGUGGCUAUGGAAAAGGCCAUGAAGAGAGACAAGAUCGUGGUCAAUGACCGUCAGCUGGCCUGCGCGCGCAUCGCCUCCCCGGAGGGGCAGGAUUACCUGAAGGGAAUGGCGGCGGCGGGAAACUACGCCUGGGUCAACCGCUCCUCCAUGACCUUCCUCACCCGCCAGGCCUUCGCCAAGGUCUUCAACACGACCCCCGAUGACCUGGACCUUCACGUCAUCUACGACGUCUCCCACAAUAUUGCCAAGGUGGAGCAGCACGUGGUGGACGGGAAGGAGCGGACGCUGCUGGUGCACAGGAAGGGGUCCACCCGCGCCUUCCCCCCGCACCACCCCCUCAUCGCCGUCGAUUACCAACUCACGGGACAGCCAGUGCUCAUUGGUGGCACCAUGGGGACCUGUAGUUAUGUCCUGACUGGCACCGAACAGGGCAUGACUGAGACCUUUGGAACAACCUGCCACGGAGCGGGUCGUGCGUUAUCCCGAGCAAAAUCUCGACGUAACUUAGACUUCCAGGAUGUCCUAGACAAAUUGGCAGACAUGGGAAUUGCCAUCCGUGUUGCCUCCCCCAAGCUGGUCAUGGAAGAGGCUCCAGAGUCCUAUAAGAAUGUGACCGACGUGGUGAACACCUGCCAUGAUGCCGGCAUCAGCAAGAAGGCCAUUAAACUCAGACCGAUCGCUGUGAUCAAAGGGUAGAGCAGCCCCUGACCCUGGCCGCCAGACACCGCCGGCCCUCACUGACGUGGACACGGACUCACUCGGUCUUCAGAAGUGCCUCGCCGCCUGGCGGGCUCCACAGCACCCUGACAGCUGCUGGCGCCAUUUCGGACUCGCUGUUUUCCAGAGCCGCGGCUGGGAAGCUCGGCUCCUUCCCUGAGGGUCCCGGGUUUUUAGGAAAAUCCUUGGGGCGGGGACAGAUCAAAACAUUGCCUUACUGUUUCCUGUUAAGUCUUUCUUUGACCUUCAGGAUGAUCUUCUGCACACCGAGCUCUUCAUUUCCAGCAAGGUGGCACGAAGAACAUUCUAUUAAAGGAGGUUUGGAAUGUUUUCUUUUUCUCUCCCCGCCUGUUAGUUUAUCUGUUCAUUCCCCCGUCUGAGUCAUUGCCCUGCACUCAGAAAAACCCUAAAUCCCACUCUUUACUUGGGGAGUCGUGUGUCCAUCCCCUGCCAGAGGCAGAAGAUAUUAGAUGACUAGACGAUGCCAGCAUACCCAGCAGGGGGUGCAAGAGAAAGACGUGUCGUACAUUUGCUGCCUUUCCAUUUUCAGUACUCGGCAGUCUUGACUUAACUGCAGAAUGUCAUCUGUCACUAAUUAACCUGGUCUGCCGAGCUUUCCCUGAAUAAACGCCGUGCGCAGCAGCAGAGAACUCUCAGUGAUCCUGAGAAUCUGUACAUUUGUGAUCAGACUAGUACGAAAGCAUGAGAUAAGCUCAGCUGUGAUGCCACCAGUUGCUCUGUGUCAGGUUGCUUGGUCUGUGCCAUCUAAUCAGAUCUCAUGGUACGUGCUGUCGGCCCUCCAAGAAGCCAGUUACAGGGGCUGGAGAGAUCGGACGGGGGCAUGGUGCUUGCCUUGCUCACAGCUGACCCUGGUUCAAUGCCCAGCACUCCAUACGGUCCCCCAAGUCCUGCCCGGAGUGAUCCCUGAGUGCAGAGCCAGAAAUAAGCCUUGAGUAUUGCUGGUGUGCCCUCUCCCCUCCCCCCA